CCCCGCCCCCCGCGGUUCGCGGCCGGGCCGCUCUGGCCGGGGGCGUGGCCUCCGCUUCCUCGCCGCCGGGGCCGGGGCCGGGCCGGUGUGAGCCCUCGAGCCCCGCCCGCCGGGUGUCCCCGGCCGCCCCCGCCGCACGCACCAUGUCCGACGCUCCCGGCGUCCCCGGGGACGUCUGCAGCCUCUUGGCAGAUGUUGAAACAUUUGUUUCCCAAGAACUAAAAGGAGAAAAUCUAUCCAAGAAAGCAAAAGAAAGGAGAGAAGUUCUUCUUAAGAAGAUAAAGGAUAUUAAGGCAAGCUAUCCUGAAGAAUUCCCGGAGAAAGAGCUGGAAGAUGAGGAAGAGUCUGAGAACUCUCUUUCUUCGCCUCCUGAUAGCGUCUCAAUAGCAUCUGACCGGUAUGAUAAAGAGGAUGAAGCACCUUCUGAUGGGAAUCAGUUUCCUCCUGUUGCAGCUCAGGAUCUUCAGUUUGUUUUGAAGGCUGGAUACCUGGAAAAACGUAGAAAAGACCACAGUUUUCUUGGCUUUGAAUGGCAGAAACGUUGGUGUGCUAUCAGCAAGACUGUCUUCUAUUACUAUGGAAGCGACAAAGACAAACAACAGAAAGGUGAAUUUGCCUUAGAGGGCUACACCAUCAGAAUGAAUAAUAGCCUUCGGAAGGAUGCAAAGAAAGAUUGUUGUUUUGAAAUCUCUGCUCCAGAUAAGCGCAUUUAUCAGUUUACAGCUGCCACUCCCAAAGAAGCAGAGGAAUGGGUACAGCAAGUCCAAUUUGUAAUUCAAGAUACGGGAUCUAAUGCUAUUCCUGAGGAGGAGGAAUAUGAUGAUGUUGGACAAGCGAACAGUGAACCAAUAGAUGAUAGCAUUUAUGAAGAAGUUAAAGAAGAACGUCUUUCCUCAAAAGCUGAAGUGCCAAGCAAUGAGAGCCAGGAGGAAGUUACCACUGUUUCAGAUAGCGAAAAUACCGAUUAUGCCAAUUUCUAUCAAGGUUUGUGGGACUGCACAGGAGAUGAAAGUGAUGAGUUGACAUUUAAACGUGGUGAUGUUAUCUACAUUAUCAGCAAGGAGUACAAUAGAUUUGGCUGGUGGGUAGGAGAAAUGAAGGGAACCAUUGGCUUGGUGCCUAAAGCCUACAUAAUGGAGAUGUAUGAUAUUUGAGAGGCCUGGGAGAAAUCUGCACUUGAAAUGAAGAGUGGCGUGCAGCUGCAGUUUACAGACCCAGCCUCUGGAAGAAGAUUCUGCUGUAUGUGUUUUGCGGUUUCAGCGAAUGUAGUCAGAUCGUUGCCUCGUGUAUAUUAAACAUUAUAAACUGUAAUUGAUCAUAACUUUAUGGAAAUGUUCUUUUUAGCCACUUUUUAUACAAUUGUAAUGCCAGGAAAUUAAUAGAUGGUAAUUAACAUACGGGGCACAAGCAGCCAUAUAGUGCCUGUUGCUCUUUUUUUAACAUGCUAGCAGCACUCUGUAUAGCUGUAGGUUUGUGUUCUCUCAGGGAAUUUUGCUAUCUUUUCCUAUUUUGAAGAUUCAGAAAAAUUAAGCAGAGCUUUGAGGGUAAACUACUGCAUGCAUUAACCUUUUAAUGCUCACUGUACAGCUUGUGCAGAAAGUUGAAGGAAAUUUAUGUAUAAUUUUUCAAGUCUUGGAAACAGACGUUUUUAAGUUAUGCUUUAGCCAAUGAUGUAUUUUACUCAUAUAUUUAGUAUUGUAUUGUUAAUUACUAUUUUGUUGACACACAAUGAAGACUUGAUUAUUUUGCUGGUGUAAUAAUGGGCCUGUGUGGUAAUACUGCCCUGGUACCAUUCUGACUUGGACAAGGUAAUUAUAUGAAAAUUUGUGAAAAUAUAUUAAAUCCUACAAUUUUUGUUAAGUCAACACAAGCUAAAUUGCUGGUAAAAAUAUUUUUGUCCAUGGUAGUGUGGAAUAUUUAUCUGUACCUUACAGACACUUCUGCAGAGUCAAAUCUGGAUACCUUGCUGGUAUGUGGAAUUCUGAUAUAGGUUACGCAACAGAGAUCUUCAUCUUUACCCUGUAUGGAUUAGCAACAGCUACCUGCAUUCUUGUGUCAUAGCCAGACCUUUGGCUAAUCAAAAACAUUGAUUGAAACAUAAAAAAGUACACUAAAAUACUACCACUUGUGGACAAGUGGUUGGGCAAGUCAGAGUUAAAACUUUACAUACUCUUCUUUUGGACAUGUACUUUACCAUUAGCAUGCAAGAUCAACUUUUUGGGUCCUCCCAGACAGUUGAUUUGCGAGACCCUUAAUCUGCCAACGAGGCAGGUCAGGCCAGGCUGUGAGUUGCUGAGCCUGUGCAGGUCCCUGUGUAGUUGCUUGUGCUGUUUAUGCUUACAGGCAGACCCCACGAACAUGUGGGUUAAAAGGAAACGUUAGUCUGAACUUGGAAUUUGGAUCCUUUCAGUGAAUUAAGAUGUUGUGCUGUGUGUUAGCUAAUGUAUGGUACUUGCUGGUACACUGAAUUCUAAUAGGCGUCAAACGGGACCGAGUUUUGUUGUAAUUUUUUAAAGAGAUAGUCAUUGGAAUUGAUUCUAUGUGUUAUCAGCGAAGCAUUAAAAUGAUAGAUUAUAGUCUUCAGAUCUUUUACUACUUUAAUUUGUCAAGUGUACUGGUGGAUUGUGUACAGAAUGUGAAGCGUUAAUAGCGGGGCUGGAAACGCUCCUUCUCCCUUGUUAACAUGGCAGCGCCAUAAAUCUGCCCACCGAAAUAGUUUUUUAUUAAUCACAGAAUUCCGAAUCCCACCACCGGCACCAUGUACUUUUUAGGGAAUGAGCCCUCCCCCGCUCCUGAGGCGCGGGGGGGCGGCGCGGCCCCUGCGCUGCGCGGGCGCGGCGCUGGGGGGCAGCAGAUUUUCGUGGGACGGGCGGGGGCGGUCCCGCUGCCGGCCCGCGCCCCUUCCCCCUGCGCGCCCUCCCGGCCGCUUCUGCUCUUCUUCCAGGAGAGGGAGUCCUCACCCAAGCGAUGGGCGCAGAGCUGCCCGGCGCGGCCUCUUCUGGGCGGCGACAACCGGAGACAGCAAGUGGCUUUUGUCUGUAGUUCUCUUUUAGGGCUUCCCCCUUUUCAUACUUACUGCUAGGGGAGAGUAAAUAAACUGCCUUAAGUUCAAAACGUGAAAGAUGUCCUGAAACUCAUUGGUAAUGUCUCAGAAAAAAAAACAGCGAUGGACCACGGAUGAACGGUUUACUUUAAAUCUGUGUGAAUACCAUAACCUUUUUUGGAUAAGGAAAUUUCAGUCAAUACAACUUAAACGAAACUCAGGUAGAAGAUGAUAAUAGCUUAAUUUUCUUUGUUCACUUAGAUUGUGCUUGCCUUUCUGUGAACGAUGAGAGAGCAGAUUUUUAAAAGCUGAUUGUAACUCUCACAUUGUACGGUGUUUUACUUGAUUAUUUGCUGUGUUCUGGAUUUGUAUGGUACUGCCAUUAGAUCUUAUAAUAAUGUUCUACUCUGCAAAUUUUUAAGGUUCAAAUAAAGUUUAAUUGUUUGCAAA